AUGGCCUCGACAUUGCCGCCUUCUUCAGUACUAUCUUGGGAACGGGAUAUCAACAUCACAUCAGUCGUGGGAAGCGGCGUUGGCUGCCCUAAGGGUACUAGUACUCUGUCGACCUCAAGCAGCUACGAUGGGACCUCCCUGACUCUCGGCUUCGACGAUUUCCAAGUGUUUUACGGCCCUGGUUACCCACUGCAAGCCAGGUCCAAAACCUGCAUCAUUGUCAUAACCGUCAGGUACCGGAGCGGACGUACCGUGGAGCUGCUGGGAACAACGUACCACGCAUCAGCACUCCUGGAUCCUGGCAUGACGGGGAACAUUUUGUCGUCGUACACAUUUUCCAGUAGCGCCGUGGGUAAUGCAAGCAGCGCAAGCAGCACUGAAGCCAAAGCUACCGGGCCUCUCAUUGGGGAUUAUCUACAAUAUAAAGCAAUAAUACCCAAGAGCUCCACAACCGUUGCACCUUGCGGUGUGGAUGAAGUACGAUUACAGAUCAACACGCGCAUCUCGGUGACCUCUGGCAACGCAACAGUCUCUGGCAGAGUGGAUGGUGGCCCUUUAUUCUCGCUUGGUACUCAGCUAAUUCACCUAGGAUGGGUGCCGUGCAAUAGUUAG